UAUCCACAGAAAACUCUUGCAUUCAGUACUGAAAAUAGCUUAAAAAGUAAAGCUUAUUCAUUGAGGUAUUAUUUCAAAAUUACAUAUGUGACGUGAUUUGGUUCCUCAUUUGCAGACCAGAACUUCCCUGUAUCAGUUGAGUCUUAAAACCUAAAAGGACUUGUUAACCUGGAUCGAUGCAGAAGGGUUUUCUUGCAAGACACAAUUUGUUCUUCAGCAGGAGUUAGAGCUGCAGAGGAGAAAGGAGCAAAACAUCUGGCAAUGGCUGUUUACCUUCUUGUGAUUUUUCUCUUUUCCUUUUGUACGCAUCUUCAAGCGUCUGAUAGUGGAAUAUUUUUAAUUUAUAAUGAAGAUAGCAAGCUCUGUGCCCAAGCUCAAAACAGCAGCUCAGUCAUAACUGCCAUGUGCAAUGUGAAAAAUGAGUUGCAGAGGUUCAGAUGGAUCUCGGCCACACAGCUGCUGAGCAUGGGGAUGAAGCUGUGCUUAGGAGUGCUCACCAAGGAUGAUGAGGCUGCCAUCACAUUGGAAACCUGCAACAGGACGAAUGAGCUUCAGAAGUGGGAAUGUAAAGGUGAAGCACUUUCAAUCCAAGGCAAGGAUUUGUUUCUCAACUAUGGAAAAGGGAAGGGAAAGAAAAUUAGGUUGUCCAAAGAAUCAGGCAAAGGGAGCCGAUGGAGAAUCCAUGGAACUGCAGGCAGCAUAUGCUCCAGGCCCUAUGAGGAUAUGUAUACAAUAGGAGGAAAUAAUUUUGGUGCACCUUGUGUGUUCCCUUUCAAGUUCAAUGGUAAAUGGUUUGCUGACUGCAUCCGUCAGACUGAUGCAAGCUCUCUCUGGUGUGCAACUACUUCAGAUUUUGAUAAAGACCAACGUUUUGGAAAUUGUCCAUCAAAAGACACUCUCCACAAAGACUUUUGGAAAACAAAUCCUUUGACUGAAACCCAUUAUCAGAUAAACGCAAACUCACUUUUGACAUGGCAUCAAGCAAGAAGAAGCUGCCAGCAGCAGAAUGCAGAAUUGUUAAGUGUCACAAACCCUCAUGAAGAAAUGUUUUUGUUAGGACUCACUAGUGAUCUGGGAUUCAAUGCCAAGCUCUGGACUGGUCUUGUCAGACGACUUGAUAGCAGCUGGGAAUGGACUGAGGGUAGUCCUCUCAGAUAUCUGAAUUGGGCUCCAGGAAAUCCCUCUGUGGAGCUUAUAAAAAUGUGUGGAAUCUUCCAAGGCAGGAAUGGCAAAUGGGAAAAUGUGGCAUGUAAUCAAAAGCUGGGAUAUAUCUGCCAAAAGAGAAACUCUUCCAUUGUGGAUGACUCCUUCAUUGUUCCCUCAGGAGACAUGAAGCCUGUUAAGUGCCCCAGGGAAUGGGUAGCCUAUGCAGGGCAUUGCUAUAGAAUUUACAGAACACCCAAAAUAUGGAAACAAGCCCAAUCAUCAUGUAGAAAAGAAGAUGGAGACCUGACAAGUAUUCAUAAUGUUGAGGAGUACAGUUUUAUAGUGUCUCAACUUGGGUAUAAGCCAGAUGAUGAGCUGUGGAUUGGUUUAAGUGACUUCAGGUUUCAGAUGUAUUUUGAAUGGAGUGAUGGGACACCUGUGACAUACACCAAGUGGCAUCAAAGACAGCCGACCCACACACCUAAUAAGGCAGACUGCAUUGUUAUGAAUGGAGAGGCUGGGUUCUGGACUGACAGUGCUUGUGAAACAAAACUUGGUUACAUCUGUAAAAGAAAACCCUUGGCAGAGGAAUCAGGGGAAGCUGAAGUUACUUACCCAGGUUGCCAGAAAGGCUGGAUGAAGCAUGGCUUUUACUGCUACUCCAUAGGGCAGCUACCAGCAACAUUUUCAGAAGCAAAACUUAUCUGUGAAGAAAAUAAAGCUCACCUGGCUACUGUGACAGACAGAUAUGAACAGGCUUUUUUAACUUCUAUAAUUGGAUUCAAGCCAGUGGAAUAUUUCUGGAUUGGACUCUCAGACGUGGAGGAGCAGGGGACGUUCAAGUGGACUGGUGGGGACCCAGUCAUCUUCACUCACUGGAACAUGGGAAUGCCAGGAAGGGAGCCAGGCUGCGUGGCCAUGAGAACAGGAACUUCAGCUGGAUUAUGGGAUAUUCUCAAUUGUGAAGAAAAAAACCUGUUUCUGUGCAAGCAGCUGGUGGAGGGAGCGACCCCACCACCCCCUCUGACGACUCCUCCGCUCCCGUCCUGCCCAGACGAAUGGCAAUCCAUUCCUCAGAGCAGCUUCUGUUUCAAAAUUUUUCAGAGAGGAAGGGAGAAAAUGCAAACAUGGUUUGGUGCAAGAGAUUUUUGCAGAGCUAUUGGAGGAGAUCUGGCAUGUGUCCACAGUGAAGAAGAGCAAAAACUAAUAUCUAGUUUAAAUAAAGACUAUCGUCACUUAUCUUACUGGAUGGGUUUAAAUGCCUUGGACUCUGAUGGAGGAUUUACGUGGUGUGAUGGUUCACCAGUAAAUUUUCAAAAAUGGGCAAAUGGAGAACCAAACAAUUAUGAUGGAAAUGAAAAAUGUGGAGUGUUUUAUGGCUAUAAUGAUAUGAAAUGGAAUGAUAUAUUUUGUGAACAUAUGCAAGACUAUGUUUGUCAAAUAAAAAAAGGAGCAUCACUGAAACCAGAACCUACAUCCACAUUUGAUUAUGAAUAUAUUGUUAGUGAAGAUGACUGGAUAAUAUAUAAUCAUAAGGAAUAUUACUUUAGCAAGGAAGCAAUGCCUAUGGAAAAAGCAAGAGACUACUGCAAGAAAAAUGGUGGUGAUCUCGCUGUUAUCGACAGUGAAAGUGAAAGAACUUUUCUUUGGAAAUAUACUUUUUAUAAAGAUCAAGGAAAUAAUUUUUUUAUUGGCUUAACUGUGAGCCUUGACAAGACGUUCCGGUGGGUGGAUGGAACUACUGUAAACUAUGUUGCCUGGGCCCCAAAUGAACCCAACUUUGCAAAUAAUGAUGAAAAUUGUGUGGUCAUGUAUACCCAAACAGGUACAUGGAAUGACCUCAACUGUGGCAGUGUUGAGCUUUUCAUCUGUGAAAGGCUUAACAGUACUGUUCGUCCAAGUACUGCUCCCACAGUACCACCACCCAAUGGUGGGUGUCCAGAAGACUGGCUCCUCUUUGAUAAUAAGUGUUUCAAAGCAUUUGGCCUUGAUGAAAAUUAUACACUGACAUGGCAUGCUGCACGGAACAAUUGUAUUACUGUUGGAGGAAACCUGGCUACUAUCUCAAGAAAGGAAAAUCAAGCUUUCCUCAUGUCUCUCUUAAAAAAUACUGCAACUGAUGCCUGGAUUGGACUGAAUGACAUAAAUCAUGAGCAUACAUACUUAUGGACAGAUGGAAGUCCAGUUUACUACACAAAUUGGGCAAAAGGUUCCCGAAGUUACUACAGUAAGGAUGACUGUGUCUAUAUGAAGAAGAACCCUAUUGAACAAGCAGGGAAAUGGAAAGAUGAAGAUUGUAAAGCAAGCAAAAGUUACAUAUGCCAGAAAAAUGCUGACCCUAAAUUGCAAAGUUCCCAAGCCGUGGUUCCAGUGUUUGGCUUUAACAACUAUGGUGAUGACCGCUAUGCAGUCAUCAACUAUAAAAUGAACUGGGAAGAAGCACAGAAGAAUUGCAAAGACCAGUAUGCAGAUCUUGCCAGCAUUUUAGAUCCUUAUGUUGAAGCUUACCUUUGGUUACAAAUACUAAAGCAUGGAGAGCCCGUAUGGAUUGGUCUUAACAGCAACAUGACUCGUGGCGUUUACAUGUGGUCGGAUAGAAGGAGGAGCAGAUAUCAUAACUGGGCCAGUGGAGAACCAAAUAAGAAUGCAGCCUGUGCCUAUUUAGAUUUGGAUGGUUUUUGGAAGACAACAUCUUGCAAUGAAACAUUUUUAUCUCUCUGUAAACAAUCUGAUGAGUUAAUUCCUACCGAAUCGCCACAGCUUCCUGGAAAGUGUCCUGAACCAAAGCGCGGUAGAUCUUGGAUUCCCUUUCGUGGCCAUUGCUACUAUGUUCACACCACUUCUGAAGUAAGCUGGCCAGAUGCUUCCAUGAUGUGUAUUCAGAUGGGUGCUUCUCUGGUUUCCAUAGAAGAUCCAGCUGAAAUGAACUUCCUCUUACUUUACUUGUCUCCACUUGCAAGUGAUUUCAGAAAAUUUUGGAUAGGAUUGUUCAAAAAUAUUGAAGGGGAAUGGAUGUGGACAGACAGAAGUGUGGUAGAAUUUGUCAACUGGGAGAAAGGAGAGCCUACAAUGAUUUAUGAUGAACACUGUGUGGACAUGGAUGUCUCAAGCGGAUCCUGGAGGAACUAUUACUGCUCUGUUGACCGCAAUUUCAUUUGUAAAAUCCCAAAGAUUAUUGAAGUUGAACCAACCCAUGAUUCAUCUGUCAAUCAAGCAUCAAAAAGAGAAGCUGCUGUUUCAUCCUCACAUAGUCGAGGUGUGAUGAUUGUUACGCUAAUCUUCCUUCUGCUAGCAGGCACUGGCCUUAUAGCAUAUUUUUUCUACAAGAAGAGACAUGAACAGACAACUGUUACAGAGAGUUUUGGCAAUGCCAUAUACUGUGGUAGUCCUGAUCCUGGAACUCAUGAAUCAAAAUGUCUUGUGACCAAUAUUGAAGAAAAUGAAUAGGCAAUGGGUAAAUAGGUAAAUGGGUAAAUAGGGUAAACUUGGGCUUGAUUGGAAAGGAACUGAAGUACUGGAAUACCAAAAUUCUGAACUUAAACUGAUUUUCUCCUAUGGGAAUUCUUGUUUGUUUUGCACAGGAUACUUCUUGCUUAUACUAGCAGGAACAAGCAAUCUUGCAACAUUCUAAAUCUGCUCACGAACAGUAGUUCUUGGGAGGACUGUUGAACAUACAUAAAAGCUGGAGCUACACUGUGUAAAGGAAUACUCAGGAUGUUUCAGUUGAUGCAUGGGUCCUGCAUCACCCUUAGAUACCAGGAUAACUGUACUCAUCACAGGAAACGGUCAGAGUAAGUGCCUUAGCGUUCUUCAUAAAGUACAUCUAGAUCUGUAGGAAUCCUGGUGAUGCCACGUCUGGUCUCCAGCGCAGACUGGCAGAAUUGCAUAUAUUGCAUGUCAGCUCCGAGAUCACUUGGUACACACUCAUGCUGGAGUAGCCAGGUAGCCAGCUACAAUGCUUAUAAAUGCUUCUUGGUAAAAAUUGUUUUCUUUCUGUCCCUUGUCUUCCCACUUCUGUAUAGCAGAAGUCUGCACACCUUUGUCAAGAUUUUGGCUGCACAUUUUCUAUAAAGACCCAUUUAGCUAAUUGAAUAUGACAGUCAGGUCUCUCA